GCGCACUGCUGUGGCUCCUGGCGUGGCGCUGUCACAGAGCGGGUGGCAGCUGCUCCGACAGCACUGCCAUGGCCCAGGCACAGCUCAGCUCCUGGCUGCUCCUGUGUGUGUUUGCUGCAUCCCAGAGGCUGACAGAUGAGCAUCCUCACAGCGGCACCAGCAGAGCCCGUCGUGGCCCAGAGGACGCUGGCAUCAUGUUAGAGAUGCUCUGGGGAAGGCUGGAUAUUCAGGCCAACGGGACAAUCCGGCUGCGGGAUGAAGAGCUGGCCUCCCUACGCCCGGCACGGCGGUUCCUGCAGAUUUUAGAGGAGGAGGUUCCCAAAACACCGGCGGAGAUCGAGCAGCAUCUGAGAUACUAUUCACUGACCGACACUCCCUUGACUCCGAUGGAGUUUGACCGUCUCCUUUUCACCAGUGUUUACAGUGCCUAUCAGGUUCGCUCCGUGCAGGGUCUGGAUAAAACCCCCUGGAUUGGCUUUUUCUCUCAGCUGGCUGAUGAAAUCUUUCGUGACCUGUGCAAGGGGCUCUGCCCAGCAAAUACCACCCUCCUCCAGGCUUCCUGGCCUUGGAAGGAGAAACCUUCACAUCUAGCGUCCCUGAAACGUUUCUAUCACUCUAACCUGGCCAGGACCAAGAGAGACACCUAAUGAGGGAACCCACCGUAGGAAAGGACACCCCUGGCUUCAAGCUGCAUCCUUAGUUAUUUGCAAUGAUUUCCACAGUGUGCAGGACUUUGUAUACAUAUUCCACACCUUUUUGUCCUGCUUUCUGCACUGUGCUGAUAACCCUCUCAGGAUUUAUGCACAAGCUUUUAUUUUUAAAUGAAAAAAGGACAAAACUGUAAAGUGCAUUUCUCCCUUUCCUGAUUUUUUUUUUUUCCCCCCUAAGUGGGUUGUGCUUUUUUUUUUUUUUUCCCCCUAAGUGGAUUGUGCUGAAGGGAACAGUGCUAUUUAGAUGUCUUACCUAUCUUGACCACUGAUGCUUAGGUGGGAUGGCUUGGAAGUGUUUUUCCAGGAUAUUAUGCUGGUGUCAUAGCUGACUUAAUUUCAGAUAAUUCAGUUCACUCUCCCUAUAUUCUCCCUGUGGUUUCAGACAAAUACAAGAUCUUUUCUCCUCUCCAGUGCCAGCUAAGCAGGUUUUGUAGUGUUUCAUGAUAUAGGUCACAUAUUUAAUUUCAUUUUUCUCCUCAUGUGGCAUCAUAUUUUAUGUGUCAACAGCAACUUCCCAUCUCAUGUAUUAUUUUUUCUUUAAAAAGCAACCUGAAAAUGUAUGUAUUCUGUGAAGCUUUCUAGUAUUUGCAUAUCAUAUUUACACAUAUACACAGCUUUGUUUCAGUUAUUAUUUUGGGAUAUACUUCCUGAAAUCUCAUUUAAAUUCUGAAGCAUCCUGACCUAGUUAUUUCUUCAGCAGAUUUUGCCUCUCUUCUAUAAAAUUUUUCUUUUGUACAGCCAUGGCAUUUUACAACCUAACCAUAAUAAACACAUAAUCUCUAUCCUCAAAAUCAGAAAUAUAAUUAUUUUAUAGAAAGACAUCUUUAACGUUUGCCUGUAAUAAACACUGCAGCGUGGAACUAAAUAAAUGUAAUUAUCUCCUCA